AUGCCUGUAUAUAUUCAUGUGUGCUUAUAUCUAUCUAUCUAUCUAUCUAUCUAUCUAUCUAUCUAUCUAUCGGUCGAGAGCAGCUGUAACAUUCGAGCGCAGGCGCGCACGUCAAUCCAGGGACGCUGCUGCAAGGUGUCUGAGACAGAGCUGCAGCGGGCAAUCCGCAAUGCCCGCAACGCUGCACUGACUUCUGCUGCCAGAAACUCCGUGGGCCCACAGACAAGAGUAAACGGAUUUUCAAGGGCUGCUAAAAAUAUGGCCCCUGAAGCUCACGACAUCCAUCUAGACGGCAAUAUUCAGCGCCUUGAGGCCGCCCGUAUUAUUGCCUGUCCCAGUAGCUCUUUUUGGUCUUUCUUGGCUUUCAAUUACGACUCCGAAAUUAACUUAACUACGCGUGACGACCUCAAUGUAGGGUCCAUGACCUGCGUUUGCCAACGCUCGCAAAUACGUCGCGGAGCCAGCUGGGCUGUGCUGCUCCUCCGGCAAAACUACAAACUACAGGGCGAAACCCUGAUUGGUAUUUUGCCGCCGUCGGUAAGAGUUCCUCGCAGGGACGACAUACUACUACUUCAGUCCAUGCUUCACGAGGUUAACAGCUACAUUAGCAGUUUCAAAUAUGCUUUGGAAAAUGCUCCCUUUCCUUCCUUCAGCAUUGUAAUUGAAGUCGACAAACGGCCUCAUGGUGAAUACAAACGCCGCUACAAUGAUCCUGCGUGCAACAAAGUGGUCGUUAUUAUACAUGGGGAGCAAGACCUCUCUCGAGAUAUUGUCCUCAAAUCAAGAGGCGGUUCUCUUCGUCGGAUUUCAGAGAUCCAUCGACCAUAUGACGCAUCGCAGUAUCCUUUACAUUUCCCUUAUGGUGACGAACACUUCGGCAUUCCACUUCAUACUCUGGGUGGCCAACCUGCAAAGUUCUUCAAAUCUUAUCGUGCAAGGACUUCUACUCAUACCGUUUCAUGGUUAGGGAUGGAGACUUCAACCUGCUUCAUAGAUGCAGGGAGCUUUCCCACCUGUUUGCGCUUGAUAUGGCCGCUAAGGUGGAAUCGGAGAGGCUUUGUUUUAUACGAAAUCAUCAGAAACAGCUUAGCUCAGAGUGCUACGCACACUUACGCGACAGCCUACGAAAUGAAGUCAAUCCUCGCGACCUAA